AUGAUAGUCAGAGGACCUCCCAAAGAAGCUAGGCAGUGGAUGGCUGGGCCACAGGGACUGGGAGCCCAGGGCUGUCCCAGAGAGCAGCAGGUUCUCCUACCAGUGCCCUGCCUGCAGAGGCCUGCUGCAGUCCCUGUGAAAGAGGGUGUCCCCGAAUGUGACUGCUGUACUGCUACCAACAUCAUCAGAGACAAUGAUAAGUGGAAUAAAGAAAUACAAAUAGCUGAUGAAGCCCAAGCUCUGUUUUAUCCUAAUAUGAGAUACUCUCCUUUCCUCAGAAAAUCCGUUCCUUGCUGCCGGAGAAUUAACAGGAUGCUUUCCAAUGAAUCCUUACAUCCUCCUGCAUUUAACCGCUCCAACUCGCAAGCCUCCAUAGACAGCACCUCCAUGGAGGAUUUCUGGCGUGAAAUAGAAAGCAUUAAAGAGAGCUGCAUGGGAGUGCAAGAGGAACAAACACCAGUGGAGGUCAAGCCUGUGGAUGAAGGAGAACUUGAAGCAGAAUGGUUGCAAGAUGUGGGUUUAUCAACUCUGAUCUCAGGUGAUGAAGAGGAAGAUGGGAAAGCCUUGCUUUCUACAUUGACUCGAACCCAAGCGGCUGCAGUGAAAAAGAGAUAUAACACCUAUACCCAGACCAUGAGAAAAAAGAAUAAGCAGUCUGUCAGGGAUGUCAGGGACAUCUUUGGAGCCAGCGAAUCUUCUCCAGGUGAUACUUGUAACAAUCAUACAACUCAUUUGGAUGGUACACAGAAAGAAAAAGAGAUGCCAACAGUUGUCAAAACAAGUGCUCCCAUGCCCAGUGAUGCACUCAACAGUAUUACUCUGUCAGAUGGGUCCCGGGAUGAAGAAAGAAGAUUGGCAGAUCCCCGGAGUGGUUCCAUGUCUAUAUUUGAGACUAUUCCAGAUAUACGAGUUCAUGCCAAUGGAUCAUCAGACCCUGAAGAGAAGCCAGUUCAAAAUGCAGUAAGUGAUGAUUAUUACCUGGAAAAGGAUAUUCCAUCAGAGGCUGAAGAGCUGUCCUUUGAAAUAUCUUAUUCAGAAAUGAUUACAGAGGCCUCAAAAAGAAAUAAAUUAAAGAAGUCAGUGAUUAAGAAAGAAGACUAUGCUUUAACUAAAUUUAUUGUUAAGAAAACCAGAUUUGGCUUAACGGAGGCAGGAGAUCUGUCUGUUGAAGACAUGAAGAAAAUCCGCCAUCUCUCGCUGAUUGAAUUGACUGCCUUUUUUGAUGCCUUUGGAAUUCCACUGAAAAGAAACAAAACAGAAAAAGUGAAAGGGCGAGACAAUGGCAUUUUUGGAGUUCCACUGACAGUCCUAUUGGACAAUGAUCGGAAAAAGGACUCCGGAGUGAAAGUUCCCCUUGUAUUACAAAAAUUUUUUGAGAAAGUUGAGGAAUCGGGGCUGGAAUCUGAAGGAAUUUUUCGACUUUCAGGAUGUACCGCCAAAGUCAAGCAAUACCGUGAAGAACUAGAUGCCAAGUUUAAUGCUGAUAAAUUUAAAUGGGACAAAAUGUGCCACAGAGAAGCUGCAGUAAUGUUGAAAGCAUUUUUCAGAGAACUACCUACUUCUCUCUUCCCUGUGGAAUAUGUACCUGCCUUCAUCACUCUAAUGGAAAGAGGGCCUCACAUCAAAGUACAGUUUCAAGCCUUACACCUCAUGAUCAUGGCGCUGCCUGAUGCCAACAGAGAUACGGCCCAGGCCCUCAUGACAUUCUUCAAUAAAGUGAUUGCCAAUGAAUCAAAAAACCGAAUGAGUAUGUGGAACAUUUCUACUGUUAUGGCACCAAACCUUUUCUUCAGUAGAAGCAAACAUUCUGAUUAUGAAGAAUUACUGUUAGCAAACACUGCAGCCCACAUCAUUCGCCUAAUGCUGAAGUACCAGAAAAUUUUGUGGAAGGUUCCAUCUUUCUUAAUCACUCAAGUAAGAAGAAUGAACGAAGCCACCAUGUUGUUAAAGAAGCAACUCCCAAGUGUAAAGAAGCUGCUAAGGAGGAAGACCAUAGAACGAGAGGUUACAAGCCCUAAGAAUUCAAAAAUACUACAAAAAUCACCCUCUUCAAGAAGAGUGUCUGAUGUACCUGAAGGAGUCAUAAGGGUCCAUGCUCCACUUCUCUCUAAGGUAUCCAUGGCCAUUCAACUCAAUAGUCAAACCAAAGCCAAAGACAUAUUGGCAAAAUUUCAAUAUGAGAACAGUCAUGGUUCAUCAGGAUGCAUUAAGAUCCAGAACCAAAGGUUAUAUGAAAUUGGAGGAAAUAUAGGGCAACAUUGCUUGGAUCCAGAUGCUUAUAUUUUGGAUGUAUAUCAUGUAAAUCCUCAUGCUGAGUGGGUGAUUAAACCCCAGUCAAGUUUUUGA